GAUAGAGAGAGAAAGGGAGAGCUUUUCCAACAAAUAUGCGGCUUGAUGGGUUUCUUUGGGUCGUAACAUACUUCGGAUAUUCACUGUUUUUGGCCCGAAUUGAUGCCGGAAAAUCGCCAGAAAGGUCAGAAUUUCCACCGGAUUUUGCAUUUGGGGUGUCAACUUCAGCUUAUCAGGUGGAAGGAGCAGUGAAAGAAGGGGGAAGAGGACCUAGCAUUUGGGACACUUAUACCCAUGAUUUUCCUGAGAAGGUCGAUGAUAGAAGCAAUGGGGACAUUGCUGCUGAUUCUUAUCACCUUUACAAGGAGGAUGUAAGGAUGAUCAGAGAAGUGGGUUUGAAUGCCUACAGAUUCUCCCUCUCCUGGUCCAGGAUUCUACCAAGAGGGAAUUUACGAGGAGUGAACAAGGAGGGCAUCAAAUACUACAACAAUCUCAUCAAUGAAUUAAUACAUCAAGGGAUCAAGCCCUUUGUGACAUUAUUUCAUUGGGAUGCACCCCAAGCAUUAGAGGAUGAGUAUGGAGGAUUCUUGAGUUCUAAGAUUGUAGAUGAUUUUCUAGAUUACUGCGAUAUUUGCUUUAGAGAAUUUGGGGACAGAGUGAAAUAUUGGAUCACUAUAAAUGAGCCAAUGACUUUCUCUACGAAGGGCUAUGAUCAUGGUAACAAUGCACCUGGUCGUUGCUCUACUGAUGUGAAAAGAUGUGGAGAAGGCAAUUCAUCAACUGAGCCAUACCAAGUGGCCCAUAACCUCCUUCUUGCUCAUGCCACUGCUGUCAAGCUCUAUAGAAACCAAUACAAAGAAGAACAAAAUGGAAUGAUUGGUAUUGCGCCUUCGUGUGACUGGUUCAUGCCUCUCACCAACUCCACGGAUGAUGAAGAAGCUGCAUUGAGAGAACUUGACUUUCGGCUUGGCUGGAUUUUGGAUCCUUUGACAAGAGGGGACUAUCCACCCAUCAUGAGAGAAUAUAUAGGAGAGAGAUUACCCAGAUUCACCAAAGAGGAAUCAGAGAUUUUGAGAGGGUCCUAUGAUUUUCUUGGGAUCAACUAUUACACAGCACAAUAUGCAGCUCAUAUUCCUUAUGUUGGGCCCUCAGUUCCAAAAAGCCAAUCUCAAGAUUCUCGUGUCUCCCUCUCUGUGGUGAGGAAUGGAAUUCCUAUUGGUCCAAAGGCGGCUUCUUCUUGGUUGUAUGUGUACCCUGAAGGUAUUAAAGAGCUCUUGUUGCAUGUUAAGAAGAAGUAUAAUGACCCCAUUAUUUACAUCACAGAGAAUGGAGUGGAUGAGCAUGACAUGAAGAUGGACCCAUUUCUCCAAUGUCUAAAUGAUACAAUGAGAGUGGACUACCAUCGCCAGCACAUUUCUUUUCUCCUCGAGGCAUUGAGGGAAGGAGUAAAGUUGAAGGGUUAUUUUAUGUGGUCCCUCAUGGACAAUUUUGAAUGGGAAAAUGGGUACACUGUUCGCUUUGGUAUUUACUAUGUUGAUUUCAUGGACAAUGCUAAGAGAUACCCCAAAAGCUCUGCCCAUUGGAUUGCAGGUUUCCUUGGAGGAGGAAUACUUAAUCCCACCCCCAUACUUCAAUAUAGUAGGCGUGAAUUGAAGGAUCUUAGUGAUCAUACUAUUUUUUUGUGAUCUAUAUAGAGGAUAUAUUGUUGUUA